UCGCUCAUCCUCAAUCUUCUUCACUGCGCUGAUUUACAGCACUGCUCGUAUAGAUUCAUUGUGGCCAUCAUGUCGGUAGACGCAGAAAAGUCUUCCCCCGAUGAUUCACCUUCUUCUGAUGAAGGGAGACGGGGCUCCGUGCUCAUCGGCACGGUUGACGACCUUCAUGUCAUGGACAAGCUCGGUUACAAACCCGAAUUGAACCGUAACCGCUCCAUGUUCACCCUGCUGUUCCAGUCGUUGGCAAUCGCUGCGAUUCCUUAUGGCGAAGGUGCACCAAUCAUCAAUGCCAUAUACGGAGGCGGUCCACUGGCCAUCUUUGUUGGAUGGCUCGUGAUCCUUGUCUUGGAUGAAUGUGUAGCUCUGUCUCUGGGUGAGCUGGCUUCCAAGUAUCCUACCUCGGCAGGUCCCUAUUACUGGUCCUUUCAGUUGGCAACCAAGGGCAAAACAGUCCUCUCCUUCAUCACUGGCUGGACCUGGCUGAUUGGAAAUUGGACCAUCACGCUCUCGGUCAACUUUGGUUUUGCCUCCCUCAUCUUUGGAUGUGUGGCCAUGUAUCAUCCUGAUUGGAUUGCAAGUGACUGGCAACUAUUGUUGGUCUUCUAUGCCAUUUGUGUGAUAACCUUCUUUGCCGUGGCGUUUGGAAACAAAAUCCUGCCACUGGUGGAUACUGCCUGUGCCGCCUGGACGGCUGUCAGUAUCUUUGUCAUCAUGAUCGCACUCUCAGUCAGAGCCCAGGCUGGACGACAUCCUGCAUCAUUUGCUUUGGGCCAUUAUGACACAAGCUUCUCCGGCUGGGGAGGAUUUACCUUCUUCAUUGGCCUCUUGCCUGCAGCUUACACUUUCUCUGCCAUUGGCAUGAUCUCGGCUAUGGCUGAGGAGUGCAAGAAUCCGACCGUCAAAGUCCCCAGAGCGAUAGCCUUGUGUGUUCCAGUUGGCGGAUUUUUCGGCUUGUUCUUCAUCUUGCCAAUUUGCUUCACCCUUCCGCCCAUGGAGGACGUUAUACUCGCUCCAUACGGACAGGCUCUCCCAUAUAUUUUCUACCGAGUCAUGGGCACCCCCGGCGGCGGAAUGGGCCUCAUGUCCCUGAUCCUGAUCAUCACACUCUUCUGCAGCAUCAGCAUCACUGUCGCGGCUUCGCGAUGUACCUGGGCGUUUGCUCGCGAUGAUGCCAUUCCCGGUGCCCGCAUCUUCUCCAGGGUCAACCACAAGCUUGGUGUUCCCAUCAAUGCUCUCAUCUUGACCACCAUCGUGCAAAUGCUUCUUGGUCUGAUUUAUUUGGGUUCCAGCAGCGCCUUUACGGCCUUCAUCUCGGUCGGCGUGAUUGGGUUGGCCGUCAGCUAUGCCAUUCCCAUCAGCAUCAGUCUAUGGCAUCGACGCAAAGAAGUCUCCACCGCGCCAUGGAACUGGGGUAAUGCGAUUGGAUAUACCGUCAACAUAAUCGCAGUGUUCUGGAUUUGCUUUGAGUUGGUCAUCUUCUCCAUGCCUGUCGCCUUACCUGUCACGCCUGUGACGAUGAAUUACGCAAGUGUGGUCUUUGUAGGGUUCAUGGCCAUCUCUGCAGCUUGGUAUGCCAUCUAUGCCAGGAAGGCAUACAAGGGACCACCAGAAUCCGAUGGCAUUGCUGGUUAG